GGAAGAACGCGAAUUAAUAACGCGCCAAUGCGGUCGGAUCGGUGUGAUCUUUUUGCGCACCUACGACAGACCCUUAAAGAUCCGACUUGAGACAGUCACGCGCCUAAACAGGUUUUGAUUGAGAUCGGUGUGUGUGUGUGUGUGAACAGGAUUGUGAUCAGGAGGCAGUGUGUAGAGGAGGAGGAGAAGGAGGAGGAAGAAGAGGAGGGGGGAGAAGAAGAAGAAGAAGUGUUGGUGAAGUCCUGAUCUGGGUGUCUGGGUGACUCAGUGUUUGUGUGCGUGCCGGAAUGCCGUUAUCUGAGUGAGGCUUCAGCAUGGACCAGGCUGGUUGUGUGAACCUGUGCAGUCUGACCAGCACACUGCCGGUGAUCCCGUACCGCAAACUCACCGACCUGCACUACAUCAGCAAGGGCGGGUUCGGUACCGUGUUCCGAGCGCAGCACAGCGACUGGCGCACCACCGUCGCCAUUAAGUGCUUAAAACUGGACUCCCCGGUCGGGGAAAGGGAAAGGAAUUGCUUACUUAAAGAGGCGGAGGUGCUUCACAAGGCCAGGUUCAACCACAUCAUCCAGAUCUUCGGCGUGUGCAACGAGCCUGAGUUCUUCUGCAUCGUCACCGAAUUCAUGACCAAUGGCUCUCUGGAUGAACUUCUGCACGAGAAAAACAUGUAUCCAGUAGUGGCCUGGCCUCUCAGACUACGCGUUCUGUAUGAAAUCGCUCUGGGCGUCAACUUUCUCCAUAACAUGACUCCACCACUGCUCCACCAUGACCUGAAAACGCAGAACAUUCUUCUGGAUGGCGAGUACCACGUAAAGAUAGCCGACUUUGGGUUGUCGAAAUGGCGCCAGCUUUCAAUUAGCAAAGGUUCCGGAUCGAAGCCAGCUGAGAUGGGUGGCACCGUCAUCUAUAUGCCCCCAGAAGAGUACGAACCCAACAAGACUCGGAGAGCGGAUGUCAAACAGGACAUGUACAGUUACGCCAUCAUCAUGUGGGAAGUACUGUCUCGGCGGAUACCUUACGAAGAUGCGACCAACCCCAUGCAGAUAAUGUUCAGUGUCUUGCGUGGUUCUCGGCCGGACACUGGACUUGACAGCCUGCCAGCUGAUAUCCCCGGCAGAGAGACGCUGGUCAACCUUAUGACGUGCGGCUGGACCGCCAAUCCCGACGAGCGCCCUACAUUCCUCAACUGUCUAAUUGAACUGGAGCCCAUGCUACGGAGGUUUGAUGAAAUCGACGUUUUGGAGGCGGUGCUGGAGGUCAAAAGGUCAAAAUUUAUGCGACCAUUAAGCAGUACUCCAACAACAACAAUGACGACGACGACGACGAACACGAAAGGAACAGAGAAAAGUCUAAAAGAACAGAACACUCCCUGGCCAGAUACCAGCUCUACAUCCGGAUCAGGGUCUUGCUCUUCCCAGGACACGGAUAUCUCCCAACCGGGCUACCUUACCAUCUCUAAUCCUUCUCAUGUUGGACCAUUGUCGUCAGUCAUUUCCAUACCUUUGGAUACGCCAAAACCCUUAAUUGACCAGGGGUCGCAGAACAACCUGAAUCCUAAUUGUCAGGUGACCCAGCUCGUCUCCGGCUACAGCAUCCCCCUCAGACCACAGUGUGAAAGCAACCUACCCAUAAACAUCCAACCGCUCACCCUACAGGCUCAUCCACAAGAUUUCCUCAUGUCGCCCGACAUCCAAGGCCCGGCUGCACGUUGGAUCAGUUCUCGGCGGGAAGAGGUUGUGCGCCAGAUGACCGAAGCCUGUCUAAACCAAAGCCUGGAUGCGCUGCUGGCCCGUGAAUUACUCAUGCGUGAGGACUACGAGCUGGUGGCCAACCAACAGACACGCACCGCCAAAGUUCGCAAGCUUCUGGACACCUGCGAGCGCCACAACGAGGAGUUUUGCCGAGUGGUGGUGCGCAAGCUGCAGGAAAACAAGCAGAUGGGUCUGCAGCCGUAUCCAGACCUCACUUCCCCGACACCUCCUCCGCCCUACAGUGCCGCCAGUGCUCCGCCACUCUCUGCCUCCAGCAAUAACAUCCGCAACAUCUUCUAAGCUCUUCCCACAAAACUGCCACUUUUGGAAUUUACAGCUAAAGGAUUUUCCUGCUUUGUUGCUUUUUUUUUCAUUGGGAAGAACAUUCAUGGGCUUUGUACUAAAGGAAUCGCACUCUCCACUGCUUCGUUUAUAGUACUGGACCACUUGUUCUUUUUAACCAGAUUGUUCUCAAGUUUGCCUUGUCUUUUUCCCUUGGGUGGAGAUCAUUGAGCAAUCCAAAGCACACCACAAUAUCUUCCUAUGUUGUGGCUGACCAGAUCAUUUGUGUUAAUAGGACAGGAGGACAGCGCAGUUUGGUUCCCAGCAUUGUCUUACCAAGGCUUGAUGGAAACAUCUAAAAACAAAGUCGUCUUCCUUUGAGCUUGAUUUAUUUUUGAGACGUGUAUCGGUAUGACGUUUAUGGACCAGUUGGCUUUGUGAUAGCUGGUCCUUGCUUGGUAUUACAGGCUGGUCAAAGGUGUGUUUGCUGGUAAACGAUUUUGAAGUUAAAUGUAUGUACAGACCUGUGUGCAAAAAACGGCUUGUCGUGAGCUUGUAGAUUUUUGGUACUGGAUCAUACAGCACUGGAUACAACUGACAACUGAUUACUUCUUCAGCUGAUCUUCUUAACAUGGGAGACAAUAACUGAAGCCCCAUUUUAGACUUUACACCUUAUUCUGUGUCGGAGUAGGUUGCAUAAAAAGAAAUCAGGCAUAGUUUUAACUUUUGUGUGAGGUCUUUCUUUUCAGAGUCCAGGGGGUAUACUAGAUGAUCCAGCUCCUCCUAGGUACAUGAAUGAGAACAUCAAGUAUAUAAAUGUGCUUGUUCCAUGCUGUAAAAUAUCUCAUGUGUUUAGGGUUAGACUUAUAGAAGUUGUUGGAUCGGGUCAAUCUUAAACCCUGGACAUUCGGUUCUGCAACUAAUUGAAUUGAAUGAUUUGACAAGAUGAGUUACCCAUCCAAGCAGGUACUUGGAUUCCUUAGAAAAAGUAUAUCUCCUAGCAACAGCCAGUCCAUGGUGUCAGCAGAGAAAAGCAGUACCCACUGGAUCAAGGUGCUUUGAAGCCCUGAGAAAUAUGUAAUCAAAUUUGAGUGUUAUGUUCAUACAAAUGUAUCUAUCAAAGCGACCUGUAGGUUCAGAACAUGUUCCCAAAACAAGAACACCAAAUCAGGAAUUAUUAUUAAGACAAUGUUGAAAGGGUUAGAUUUAAUUGAACAUCUCAGAAUUCCACUUUUUCACUCUACUGUCCUGGUGGUCUGGCAAAAAAAAAGAUUAUUAUGUGAAUAUUUUAUGGAGGGUUUUUUUUGGAAUAAAACUGCAUGCCUUAGGUUGGCUAGGUGGUUUUUCAGUGGUUUUCAGGUGGUUUUCCACAAACAUUUAAUGCCAUGUGAGGGUACUAUAGUAUUUUCUUAUAAGAAGAACCAUGAAUAAGUCGAUCGGUAGCUUAAAUACGUCCAUAGCAAGUCUUCUUACCAAAAACAUUUCCUUUUUCUUCUCAUCAACAAUAAGCCAUGUCUUCUGUUGUAUCCUUUUAACGCGCUGUUCUGUUUACAAAGGCUGUUAUGUCUUCUGGUUUUCUGCUCUGGUUUUUGAGGGAAAAAAUAUCAUAUUAUAUAUGAUGUGUUCCAUGAUGUGUAGGUUUGCAAACAGAUUUUUUUUUUAUUAUUUGUUCCUUCGAAACGAUAAAGUAAUUGAACAUCAAAUGAGGUACUUUUGAGUUUGCUAUAACUAUUACUAUAAUUUUCAGUAUAUAAUCGUCACCCAGCCAUACAGAGAACGAAAAACUGAAAAAUGUUUGUCCACCUUGUAAGCCAACAUGAUUGCUAUCUGAUUUCUCUGAAUUCCACUUAUCCCAAUUCCUUAUCAUGAAACUGAACCCUGUUAUCAGAACUUAUUCCAUUAGACUACUAAACGGUGAGCUUUUCUUCUCAGUACUUUUGGUACGCAUCUGGUCUGUUUGUUGCGACAGUGUAGAUUGUUAUUUCCCUAGGUUCAUCUAUUUUCAGGUUUUUAUAAAAGUUUCCUCCUACCAGGUUGCUCCCAAAGGGUCAUUUUUGUUUUUGCACUGCAGAUGAUGGACUUGCUAGGUCGCUUAGCCGUUUUGUUGUUGUUGGUUAAGUUAGCUGUUUAAACAAGCAACACUAGCUUUGGAAUCCUAUCUGCUACAACUUGUAGGCUAUGAUUUACAAUGUGUAUUUAAAGCAGUGUAAGUAUUUGCAUGUUAUGAUCUUAGGUGUGCUUGCGCAUCAUGUCGUGCCACUCCGUAGACCAUCAUGAGCGUAGAUCAGAAUGUCAUAACGCAAUAUCGUAUCCAGUCCAUAGGGGGAUUUAAAAAAAUGUAAUUAAAUAAAAUAUAAAUAUAUAUAUAUAAAAAAUCUCUGUGCCAAACUGAACAUUGCCUUAAUGAUGAGGAUUAUUUUUGUUAUACACAACAUUACUCCUUUAUUUUAUUGUAUUAGAGGCUGCCUCCUGCCUUUCUUUCUGUAAAACUAGAUGCUGUCAUGAGAACGUGUUCACAUUACCCACAAUGCAUAGCCAAUGUAGCAAUGUACAGGUGUCAGGAAUGCGAUCUAUGUAUGUGCUGUAGUAUGAGCGUCAUGAGACACUUCCAGACAAGUUCUUUGUGAUAUUAAAGUAUGUGGAUAACCAUUAGCGUUUUUGUCCGCUCUCUUUUCGUGUUGUUCAGCCUGAAAUACCUGAAAGGUUUUGGAUUUUCCCUUUGCUGUGUUGUUGCGCUCCUCAGAAUAAAUCAAGGUGAAGGCAACAGUAUACAGUUUAAAGCUUUUGAUUCUUUGUGAGGGACUGAUACAUGUGGUUAGAAGUGUAGUGAGAUUUGCUUUACAGUAUAACAUGUUCAUGUAUAACAAGGUCAACCUAAUCUGUCAAUCAAAUACAUGGUUAAUUAAAUGGA